UAAAUUAUAAAUUUUCAAUUAAUAAUAGUAUUAUACUCAAUAAAUUGAUAAAUUUAGUGACCUAAAAUGACUGAGCUAUUACUUGACCCUAAUAUACGGCUAUGGGUGUUUUUCCCGAUAGUAAUAAUUACAUUUUUGGUUGGUAUCGUGAGGCACUAUGUAUCGAUUAUUUUAUCGUCUCAAAAGAAGAUCGAAAUUCUACAAGUUCAAGAUAGCCAGGUGAUGAUUAGAGCUAGGCUACUCCGUGAGAAUGGCAAGUACUUGCCAAAACAUUCGUUUGCCAUGCGCCGUCACUGGUUUAAUAAUGAGGAAACUGGCUAUUUUAAGGUGCAGAAACGGCAGUCUAAUGCCCAGAAUCCAAUGACAGAUCCAGGAAUGAUGACUGAUAUGCUCAAGGGGAAUGUCACAAAUGUUCUACCUAUGAUAGUUAUUGGAGGCUGGAUCAAUUGGAUGUUCAGUGGUUUCUUGACAACCAAAGUACCGUUUCCAUUGACUAUUCGGUUCAAACCCAUGCUGCAGAGAGGUGUUGAGCUGACUCAGUUGGAUGCCUCCUGGGUGUCAUCUGCCUCAUGGUACUUCCUCAAUGUGUUCGGUCUGAGGACAAUAUAUGCUCUAGUUCUCGGAGAGAAUAAUGCUGCUGAUCAGUCCAAAGUAAUGCAGGAACAGAUGUCUGGGGCGGCUAUGGCCAUGCCUCCAGAUCCAAAAGCAGCCUUCAAAGCCGAGUGGGAGGCUCUGGAAAUUACUGAACACAAGUGGGCUCUCACCAAUGUUGAGAGCGACCUGGUUGCCAGUUCUGAGGAGAACUGACAUAUAUGCAAAUGUCACUAGUACAUUAGAUAAAUUAAAUUCUGUUAUCACUUUUAAGUAAAAUGUUGUGUGGUUGAGGAUGUCCUGUUACAUUAUUUAUACAGCAUUUAUGUGUAUUAAACUUAUUGUAAGA